UUGAAAGUUUGGUGACCCUAACCUCAGUAACCAAAAUGUAAUUUACCCUUUUUUAUUUGUUUUGGGACUGAGAAUUGUUUCAGUCAGAGGGAGCAGAAGUGAGAUGGAGUGGGUUGAAAACAGAGCAGCUAUGAAUUUGUAGGGCAUAAUUUGAAAUUGAAAUUGAGGUGAAGAAAAAAACAGAGCUCUUCGUCAUCAGCUAUGAAUUUGUUGAAUAGCAGCAGCGGCAACAAAAGAAGAGAGCUUGGCUUUCUCAUUCUCUACGCAGCUGCUUUCUACGCCUUCAUCAUUCAUCGAUCCCUUCAGCUCUCUCGCGAUCAUUAUCUUAAACUCUUUGGUUUGCGUCCUGGAUGGUUGUUGCCUCAUCGCCUCAAUGAUGUUUCUGAUGCACAAUGGAGAAACUUUCAAGGAAAUUUACCCGUUCUUACCAUUGUUUUCACACUUUUUACGUUGAUCGCUAAUUUAUUGAGGACAAGCUUUCACUUAAAAGCGAGAGGGAUGUCCAUUAUUUGGAUUUUGAUAUCUUUCACAUACCUAUCAUAUCUGCAUGGAGCCUGCAUCAUAUUUAUCCUCUCAAUCGCUUCAGUGAAUUUUCUUUUAGUAAAGAUAUUUGCACGAACAAAGUACUUCUCUUUUGUAUUUUGGAUUUUCAACAUAUUCUUUCUUCUGUGCAAUCGUGUUUAUGAAGGAUAUUCAUUUUCCAUGAUUGGGCAACGGUGGGCAUAUUUGGAUAACUUUCGGGGCACCUUUAGAUGGCACAUUUGCUUUAACUUUGUUGUUUUGCGCAUGAUAAGCUUUGGCUAUGAUUACCAUUGGGCACAUCGAGAUUCUCGUUUUGACCAUAAGAAACACAUUCAACGCUGCGAUAUUUGUAAAUCAGGGAAAACUUGUUACCAAAGUUUACAGGAGAGAGGUGUCCAGAAUGACAAAUUUUCCUUUAUGACUUACCUUUCUUAUUUGGUAUAUGCACCACUUUAUCUCGCUGGGCCGAUUGUAAGCUUCAAUGCAUUUGCCUCACAGUUGGAUGUUCCUCAAAAUAACUUAUCAGCAAGAGACAUUGCUUGGUAUGGUUUGCGCUGGGUAUUCAGUCUUCUUCUGAUGGAACUAAUGACACAUCUUUUUUAUUACAAUGCGUUUGCAAUCAGUGGCAUGUGGAAAGAGUUACAUCCUAUGGAUGUGUUUAUUAUUGGAUAUGGGGUUUUAAUCUUCAUGUGGCUAAAGUUUUUUCUGAUAUGGCGCUAUUUCCGGUUCUGGUCACUGAUAUGUGGCAUUGAGGUCCCUGAGAAUAUGCCAAGGUGUAUAAAUAAUUGUUACAACCUGGAAACCUUUUGGAAGAACUGGCAUGCUUCCUACAACAAAUGGCUUGUGAGGUAUUUGUACAUUCCUCUUGGGGGCACUCGGAGGAAGCUUCUCAAUGUGUGGGUUGUAUUCACAUUUGUUGCCAUUUGGCAUGAUCUAGAGUGGAAGCUUCUUUCCUGGGCAUGGCUGACGUGCUUAUUCUUUAUUCCAGAAAUGAUAUUAAAAUCAGCAGUAAAUGCAUUUCAGGUUGAGAGUACUCAUGGGGAGUUUGUUGUUCGCGAACUAAGUGCAGUUGCUGGUGCUAUCACUAUCACUUGUCUCAUGGUAGCAAACCUUGUUGGUUUUGUUAUUGGACCAUCUGGCAUUAGUUGGUUGAUUUCUCAAUUCCUUAACAGAGAAGGACUACCUGUUCUGGCUGGCAUGCUUUUGACGUUUUAUGUAGGGACAAAGCUUAUGUUCCACAUCCGUGAUGCAAAGCAAAGUAGCAGAUAAAUUGGCUCGAUGUAAUCGGCCCCAAUGGCUAAAGGCUGGUAUUGAAACCAACGUCCAUCCGAAGUUCCAAAUUGGAGACGGGUUUGCCGAUAUUAUAAUAGAAGGUUUGUCGGUUCACGCUGAGGACAUUUUAGUUCACUACUGAGAUCUUACACAAGUAUGCAUACUGGUGGACAAAAUUAACCAUACAUCAUUCCACUUUCUUCAGUUGUACAGAAUUAGGAAAGAAAUAUACUUUUGUUAAGGUAGAGAAGCUAAUUCCAAUGUACAACUUUGAUAAUUUGUCAAAUUUCUGCACUAUACUGUACCCAUACUUUCUGCCAAAAGUUUUGAUUCCCAUACUCUAGUAAGCACUUUGGACCAUUGGAAUCCAGAAUGUGAUUUGUAAUUUUCUUGUUAAUUAUAUUUUUUUGGAUUCGUUUUU